AUGGCUGGUGGAAGACGGGUUCGUGGCCACUGUACGCGAAGAGAAGAAGAGGAGAACAGCCGAUGGGUUGAUCGUGGCCUACUGAAAAUUGUUGAUUUUCGAUGUCCUAAAAGUAGUGAAGGUUUCUGUAUCCAUCCAGCUUUGCAUGGAGCGAGGUCGAAGAGGAUCCCGCGUUACCUCUUCGGCGGCGAGGUCCGGGGGAACGCUACGCCUUGCUUUGAGAGGCCCAGAACGAGUUGCAGGGCAGGUCAUCGUGGGUCUAUUCCAAGCACUAGAGGCUGGGCCUUGGUGACGAGAUGGAAGCUGUGGAAGCAAAUCAAAGCUGUUACAGAACCAAAGGUCGGUUCGGUCCACAACAGCGGUCCAGGAAGUCCUCAGGACUACAGGAUCAUCGACGGCCUAUUUCUAGAAGGGGGGAGGGGAAGGACAUCUGUCCUCGUCUCUCCUGAUGGAGUGGUCCCGCUCCGCUCUCUCGGCAUUGUACUGCUCUUGUACCUUUCAAUUAUCAAUUAUAUCUAA